CCUGGCGACCAGCGUCCAUAAUUGAAUUUGCAAUGGCCGACGAUAAAAACAAUCGAGACCGGCGAAGAUGCAAGGCUUUUCGCUCUCUCUCUCUCUUUCUUUCUCUCGCGACGCUCUCUUCGACGACCCCGCUCUUUACUACCUACUGACCUACUAUGUGGACCAUAGCAUGGCUUGUAACAGCCCUGGCUGGACUCACCAGCGCACACCUGGCAGCAUGGCACCCGUCAAUGUACUGCUUGAACGUGCGUCCUCAAAUUCAUUUAUCCCCUGUGGAACACAGUGACAGACGAGGAAAAUUAGGGUACAACGCCAGGACAGGUCAACUACAACACAGACGACGCGGUGUUACCUUUGUGGAUGCUCAGCAAGUCAGAUUAUUGGUUCCACCACAGCAACGGGUGUGACCAGUUCCCACCCGCCGAAGGCGAUGUCCUAGAACUACCCGCAGGCGGGUCAUUCACGAUCGAAAUCGCAGAUAAUAGAGGUGUUACUUCUUUAUCUUAUAAUGGAACCCACGCAACGGAAUGGCCAGAUGGCCUGAAUCACACUGGGUCCACCGAUGUUCUCCUUGAUGCCACCAUUUCGGACGGCUGUAUCACCUCUCCAAACAUACAUACUCAAAACGAGACAAUGGCUGCCGGAACAGCAUUUGCUAUCGCAUACAAGUCCGAGCUCAGCGACGUUACGUUGGAAGAUUUGGUGGUCUUCACGGUUCGGUACAACACGCCAUGGAGACGACUGACGACGUAUGAUGUUCCCGCCGCGAUGCCGGCUUGCCCCAGUGGAGGAUGUAUAUGCGCAUGGGUCUGGAUUCCAAACGGAUGUGGCGAGCCCAAUAUUUACAUGGAAGGCUUCAAAUGUAUGGUGACCAAUGCCACCUCCACCACUCCCCUCGGAACACCAUCCCCACCGGUAUGGUGUGAAGAGGAUCAGAGUCAAUGCGUGCAGGGACCAAAACAAAUCAUGAUCUGGAACCAGCUCGAGGAUAACAACAUUGAAGUGAGCGGUUUUGAUUUAAGCGGGAUGGCCAAGAGUCCAGCAUAUAAUUCCAAGUGCGGCUUCAAAGACGGUAAGUGCGCGUUUUUCCCGAUUGAUCAGGAUGAGGCCUUAUGUGAUGUGUGAUGCAGGUGCGCAGGAUGAUAUAUUCGCGACGAAUACGUCUUCGACGCCAAGCACGUCGUCAUCUCCGACUACAACACAGACUACGCAAACCACCCCUACUA